AGACCAGUAGAACGUGAUUCCUGCUAACCUUUUUUGUUUUCUCUCCAAUCUCUAAAGAACAGCCCAUUAUCACUUAUUUCACUCUCUUUGUCCUUUUUCUCACUAUAAAUCUAAAGCUUUCUUGCUUCUCUCCCUCUCCCCAUACGAAAACAUUUCCCAUUUCUCCUCCUUCUGUCUUGUGCUCAUUCCCUUCUGAGAAAUGGCAAUGGGUGUUUCCCUGUUGCUUGCUUUCUUCUUGCUCUUCAAUGGAUCUGUUUUGGCUGCUAAAUACAUGGAAGGAUUCCUCAAAAAUGGCAACUUUGAGCAGAAACCAAAACCCAGUGACCUCAACAAGACAGUACUCAAAGGAAAAUACGCAUUACCUGGCUGGGUCACCAAUGGUUUAGUGGAAUACAUCUCUGCUGGUCCACAACCUGGUGGGAUGUAUUUUGCUGUGGCUCAUGGUGUUCACGCUGUGAGACUAGGCAAUGAGGCUUCGAUCUCUCAAACAAUACCAGUAAAACCAAGCUCUCUAUAUGCCCUCACAUUUGGAGCUUCAAGAACUUGUGCCCAAGAUGAGGUUUUGAGAGUCUCUGUGCCUCCUUUGUCCGGGGACCUGCCUUUGCAGACGCUUUAUAGUAGUAAUGGUGGUGACACUUAUGCUUGGGGAUUUAGGGCUAAAUCUAAUGUUGCUAAUGUGAUAUUUCACAAUCCUGGUGUCCAAGAGGACCCUGCUUGUGGACCACUCAUUGAUGCUGUCGCUAUUAAGGAGCUCUUUCCUCCAAGGCCCACAAGAGAUAAUUUGGUAAAAAAUGCUGGCUUUGAAGAGGGUCCUCAUCGCUUUCUCAACUCUUCCAAUGGCGUUCUCCUUCCUCCAAAACAAGAAGAUCUCACAUCCCCACUUCCUGGUUGGAUCAUUGAAUCACUUAAAGCUGUGAAGUUCAUUGAUUCAAAGCACUUCAAUGUUCCUUUUGGACUUGCUGCAGUUGAGCUUCUUGCAGGGAGGGAAAGUGCCAUUGCCCAGAUCCUCAGAACAAUUCCCAACAAAGUCUAUAAUCUCACAUUCGCUGUAGGAGAUGCAAAGAAUGGUUGCCAUGGAUCAAUGAUGGUGGAGGCAUUUGCUGGGAAGGACACCUAUAAGGCUCCAUUUGAGUCCCAAGGAAAGGGUAGGUUCAAGACUGUAAGCUUCAAGUUCAAAGCCAUUUCAGCAAGAACAAGAAUUACAUUCUACAGUUCAUUCUACCAUAAUAGAAUUGAUGAUUUUGGAUCCCUUUGUGGUCCUGUUCUUGAUCAAGUUAGGGUUUUCCCUAUUGCUUAGAUACUGGAUUAUAUCAAAAUACAGUGGAAUUGUACAAUGGCCGUUGAGGCAUUUGCUUUGCUUUUGUAUUCAUGUGGCAGGACCAGAGUUCUUUAUGGGUAAGGAAAUGUAAGACCUAUGUGAUCGUUUCUUGUAUCCAUGGGAAUAGCUUUACGUUUACCGAAGUAUGCAUCCCUCCAAAGAGUUGAGAUUUGAGAAAUAAAUAGGAAUUUCAGAGAUUA